AGGUUUUAAUUAUAUUUGAUCCAGCUGGGAUGAAUAUUACAAGUAGAGGACUUGUCUCUUCGAUUCAAGACCGCUAUAUUUUACUUCUAAAACACUACCUGGAGUCGAGCUUUUCCUAUGAAUAUUCCAAAGAGUAUUAUGUUAGUGCUCUGGAUCGCUUAUGUGACUUAAGAGUUCUCAGUGAGGAACAUGCCAAAAUCUUGCUCCAGGUGAAUCCUGUGGAUGUUGAGCCUCUGAUGUUGGAAGUACUCAACCUAAAGUGAGCACCUUGUUUAACAACGGCUCUACAUGUGUUUUACCUCCUAGUUUUGGCUGUGAUAUGAAAAAGACGAUGUGAUUAGCUGUUGAUUAUUGUGAUUCAUGGUAAAUGUUUGUCACUGAGAUUAAAACAUUCUGUUUGUGGUCUACUAUUAGGUAUUGAUCUUCAUGGGUAGGGGUCACCAAACUAUGACCCGUCAGUUUAUCAGGCCCGCCAACCAUACUUGAAAAUGCAUAGAACACGAGACAUUGUGAUACAAUUUAAAUAUUAUGUUAAUAAUGAGAUAGUUCUGUAAAAGC